AUGAGCAACCAAAACUUGUCAGUAUCGUCCGCAAACGGGCCAACACCUACCACCACCAUGAGUAGUGCAAGUGUUCCUUCCCAACAUAUUCAGCGGAUUCUACAAAAUUUCGUUUUGGUUUGGCUUGACCCCAAUCUCGAUGAGUCGCAUGAGGAUUUCAAAAACUCAGUAAAACACCUACAAAAUAUUGUAGUCUCGAUUACAACAUUCACAGAUGCUGAACAAUGCAUUGAUUUCGUCAGUGAUAUACAAGAUGAAAAAGUAUUCAUGAUUGUAUCUGGCUCACUUGGACGACACUUAACAUCUAAUAUCGGAAUUCAUACUUGGUCACAGUUACAUUCCAUUUAUGUUCUCGAUGACAAUCCAUCCACUUAUGAACAAUGGGCUCAAACUACAGCAAAGAUCAAAGGUGUAUACACACAAAUUGGAACGAUUUUUGAAGCAUUAAAAGUCGAUCUUGGGCAUUGUGAACGUUCCAUGAUAUCAAUCAGUUAUGAUGGCAUUGAUCCCUUAUUUAUGUACACUCAACUGUUUAAAGAAGCACUUUUGGAAAUUGAGGACGACGAUACACAAUCGAUUAAAUAA